AGCUGGUUGACAUCAUCCGUUACCACUCCAGGCGCUCAUUACUCUGGAGAUGUGUCUCUGCAUUUCAGUUCGCCGACGUUCUAUCGGCUACCAACCCAGUCACUCUCUUGAGCAUUCCGCUACGAGACAUUCUCUUCUGGGAGCGCGAAGGAAAACUCAAACGCCGCACAGAGUCUGCGUCCCUGCUUCCGAUACUCAAGUUGACGCUCGACUCCGACGGCAUUAGCAAGGUUGAACGCCUCCCUGGACCGCCUACAUUUACAGGAGAGUGCCGUACGUCUUCGGCCUUCAUCGUACAACACGAAGCGUCCAUGUCAAAAGUGAUGGCGCACCUCAAGGAUGGGCGAUUGCGCCUCGACGUACCGGCUGGAGAACCCGCUCCACAAAUCUGGAACACUCCCGCCCCGCCGGCCGCGGAUCAACUCUGGGCGUAUCCCGCUGAUCCUGACUUGUGCCGUGCUUUCUACGCCGUUGCAAUGGACUCGAUCAGAGGCAUCACUUUCUUCUUCUCCGAGGGCACGCUCCGCGCGAUCCAUAUCCACACCUCGCAUCAAUCGUGCGCCAUGGAUACUUUUGAACGCACCUUUUCUGGUCGACGAAGAUGGUCCAUGAUUUGGGUUUAUCUGCCCAUCGAAAAGUGCGAUCGAGUGGUUGUUCUCGGUAUACGAGAAGGAUCGCACGCUUGGGAACAGAGCAUCCUUGUCAGGACAGAGCGCAUAGGUGACGUUAUCGUCGGUCAGCAAGCCAACGACACCGGCAAGGACUACUGCUUAGCCGCAUCCGCCCCUCCGAUUGGCGAUGCCGCCUACGCCUCGUGCGCCCCGCUACGCGACGUUUUAUCAGCGCUUGUCUUCUCCGACCAGAGUGCGGGAUUUUGCCGGGGCAUAUUGUUCCACUACCGGAACGGGGGCUCGCGGGCCGUGGGCCAGUGUCGACUACACGUGGACCCGGUAGAGAGCGUUGUCCUACCCGUCCAGCUUUGUUUUCGAGGCUAUUCACACCCCUCGCGCAUUGACCGAAGCACGAUCCAGGUGGUGCAAGUCAAGUUCAAGCAAAGGCUGGACUUGACGAUGGAGUGA